UUAGUCAGUUGGAUUGGUAACUUUCCAUUCACCCCUCCUCAAAAAACACGUGGCUACUGUAAAUUCGGGUGGCUUUAAAACAUCUACUACCACUACUUAUUCAUCGUUGAUGUACUCACACCUGCCUAAAUAACUGAUACGUUUUAUCUACUCAGUUUCUCUCCAGCAGAAUUAUGAGUACCUACAAACUGAAGCUAAACUGUAAAGUGUGGUUACUUUAGUCAGUUUUAGCCACCAUUACGGUAAGUAAGUUACAAGUGCAAAAGUGACUUAACCACAAUAUGUACUUUCAGUAAUACAUAUUACGAUUAAUAAAAACGUCAGUGAAUAAUACUAGCAAAUGCAGAAAAUAAUUAAUGGUUGUCCAGCAAAAAUACUCAAUCCGGUGAAAAGCACAUAACGAGAGAAAAAGCUAAGGGCGUCCAUUUUACUACCACUUACUUUAUGCCUGAUAAAAAAAAAGUUGGCAGGGGAGAGAGGAGGUUCACCCAUUUAAAAACAAAUCACAAAACAUUUUUCCAAAAAAGUUGAAAUCAGCUCGUAGGUUGGUUGGCAGUAUUUUUGUGUAAAAUUUUAUUUAUUAACUUAUACAAACAGAAAACAUAUCCAUGAUUUAAUACUUAUUUCCUUGGAGAGUAGACUUUACCCCAUUAUUUCUGUACCGACGAGCUGAAAAGGUUUUUGUUUGCGCCAUUGUUUUGUUGUAUUCAGCGAGUAUGAGUUGCAAUUUGUCUUUUUCGUUGCAUUUAAAGUUUUCUGUCUUCAUUUGCAGGCUAUUAUAGAGUUUCCAUCACGCUUAUGGAGGCUUACACUUAUGAUUUCGAUGACCGUUCUAGCUCAAUAUUUGAAGAAUACGAGCGUCAAAUCGCUACUGGUUUUCAUGAAAUAUUGUCUGCACCGGAUCUUGUCUCAGUGCGUUUAGUGGCUAUUUUAAUUAUAACUGACUUAUCUAAGUCGAAGGCUGUAGUGGAUGUCGAGUUCUCUACUUGAUGACAGGAGAUCUGUCGAUGGCACAUUAUGGGAUCAGAUAGCUUCUCACGGAAAAGUUGGCUCGUUGGCUGCAUCGCCAGAAAACCUCUAUGUUCACUUUUUCGGACGUAAGUAGCAAUUGCGUUUCAACUAUCCUUACAAAUUACUUAUGAGUAUUGUGAGGUCUAGGCCUCAACUCGAAAACGUCAAGCUACGACUUGGUUAAAUAAAUAGUCACCAUGACAGAUGGGUGUCAAUUGACAAACGUUUAUUAGGGGAACACAACAUAAGUACAAGAUAAUCGCGCGCGAGAGAUAUAAACGUAAUAAAGUAAUGAAUAAUUAGGUGAACUGCGUCUGUGGCUAGAGGUACUAUGCCUCCCACUACGUCACAGUUAGCUGCGCGUGCAGUUGCGCUUGGCAGCUUAGCAGACUGGCAGAUGGGUGCCAGUUGCCGCCACAGUACUCCCCCCUAGUGGGGAAGCCGCGAUACGACUACGACAAAAAACAUAAAAAUAAUGCAAAAAUAUACAGUAAAAAUAUACACAAGAUACAUACGAUAAAAACUCAUUACGAAAUUUGAAAAAAAAGUAAAAGUAAAAAACAAACGAGUAAAAUAAUGAGAAAAAUUAAUAUGAAAAAUGACUAGAAUUAACACAUAAAAAUGCAUAAAAUAAAAAAUAAAACGAUAAAAUUAUUACAAUACAUAAUAUUUUAAAAUAAAACGAAAAAUGUGCGAUUAAAAUAUAAAAAAGGAUACUAUCUCGAGUAGGUUCCUUGGAAUCUGACCUUCCGCUUUGGUUUCUUUGGAGGUUCAGAUUGAGGCUCUGGAAUGAUUUUUGGCUCUGGAACUUCCGUUGACUCAUCAGGAAGUAAGUAGGCUGGUUUUAGGUGAUCUAGAGAAACAACAAUGGUACGUCCGUCAGCCUCAACCUCAGCAGUCUUGUCUGUACGACGAAUGACUUUAUGAGGUCCAGUGUAAGGUGGCUGUAAUGCUCGACGCUGCGUCUCGACUCGAAGAAAGACAUGAGAGCAGUCUUUGAGAGCAUCUGGAACAUAGAUUGCGCCUUGUUUGCGCGUUCGCGUCGUCUCCGUCAUACUACGAAUCGCCUGUCGAAUACCACGUACAACUUCUGGCUCAUCCACCGGAGCUUCAGACGGGGUGAAAAAGUCACCAGGUAAUCUGAGCUCUGUACCGAAUGUGAGCUGAGCUGCGGACACUCCUUGGUCUCUGCAGAGUGCAGAUCGUAAACCAAGGAGGAUCAUGGGUAAAGCAUCGAACCACUUAGGUGUUUGAUGUGCCAUGAUUGCUGCUUUUAGAGCUCUAUGCCAUCUAUCGAUGCGGCCAUUUGACUGUGGAUGGUAGGCUGUGGUGCGAUUACGUUGAGCACCAAAAAGCUCAGCCAGCUUCUGGAACAAGGUUGACUCGAACUGACGACCUUGAUCGGUGGUAAUCGUAGCAGGAGCACCGAAACAAGGUACCCACUCUCUAGUGAGGAUUUCGGCAAUCUUUUCGGCAGUUAUCUGCGACACAGGAAACGCCUCAGGCCAGUGAGAGGUACGGUCAAUCAUCGUCACGACAUAGUUGUAACCGUUGGAUGGCGGAAGAGGUCUGACUAUGUCCAUGUGCAGAUGAUGAAAACGAGGAACGGACGCGAAUUCGCCAUAUGGCGACUUAGUGUGUCGUCCGAUUUUGGAUCUCUGGCAUCUGACACAUGCGCGAGACCAUUUGAGGCAGUCUUGACGCAAGUUUGGCCAGACGAAGCAACUUGCAACCAUUUUAGCAGUCACCUUAGCGCCAGGGCGAGACAAAUUGUGUAUGCUGUCAUGCACAUGUCGUCUGAACUUGAUAGGAACAAGCGGACACGGCUUGGCGCCUGACACGUCACAUAACAGCAGAGCAGUGGAGUCAGGUACUGGCGAAGAAAGCGAGUUUUAGGCUGUGUGGAAUUUUACCAGCCACCAUGUCACAUAUCUCCGGGUCUGCCAGCUGCUCUUUUGCCAUCUCAAUGUAAUCGACUGUCACUGGUGCUUGGAGCGUGCAUACUCUCGACAUAGCAUCGGCAGGGAUGUUUUCUGCGCCAGUAACAUAUCUGAGAUCGGUGGUAAACUGCGCAAUCCAGUCAAGCUGUCGCAUCUGUCUCGGAGAUGCCUUAUCAUUCGACUGCACGUAGGCAUAUGUCAGGGGACGGUGGUCUGUAUACACAGUGAACUCACGACCUUCCACCUGACAUCGGAAAUGCUUGAUAGAAGCAAAAAUUGCCAACAGCUCUCUGUCGUAAGUGCUGUAUUUCGUCUCUGCACCAGACAGCUUACGAGAGAAGAACGCGAGUGGCUGCAGAACGUCUUUACAAAUCUGAUGCAGCACUGCGCCAAUGGCAUAGUCGGAGGCGUCUUGUCAUUAGUACGAGCUUCAACAACUGAUCAGGAUGAUGGAGGAGGACAGCUGGGGCUAACUUCGACUUGAGCUCCGCAAAUGCGGAUUCUGCGUCAGGUGUCCACUUGAGUGGCGUUUUAUCAUUCUUUUUAUUCGUAAGAAUGAUGGCCUGGAGUCUGCGUUGAACUCCGGCAACGCCUGCCAUACAGCGACGAUAAUAACCCAUCAUACCAAUGAACCUUUUCAAACCAGACACGUCAGCUGGUUGAGGGUAAUUGAUGAUCGGCUGGACACGUUCAGGAGACGGCUGAAUUCCAGCUGGUGUGAUUUUGUAACCGAGGAAAUCGACACUCGGCUGACCGUAGACACACUUGCUCAGUUUGAUGACUAAGCCAGCAGCUGCCAAACGCCUCAGAACUUCCCUGACGUGUGCCUCAUGCUCUUCUGGCGAGUCAGACGCGAUCAGAAUGUCGUCAAUGUAGAUAUAGACGUAUGGUAGGUCUCUGAAUAAACCAUCCAUAAAUCUCUGAAACGUCUGUGCGGCAUUUUUCAAACCAGGAGGCAUCAGAGGAAAUUCGAAUAACCCAAAAGGAGUUAUGACGGCAGUUUUUUCAAUGUCCAGCAAAGCGACUGGAAUGCCAGAAUAGGCCUUGCGAACGUCAACUUUGGUAAAGAUCUUUUUACCAUGCAAGCCAAUGUUGAAAUUGAGAAUAUUCGGCACUGGGUACUUGUCAGGCUUUGUAAUAGCGUUUAACCGCCGGUAGUCGCCUGUCAUACACCCUCGAAAGCUAACUUAGCGGCACGAAAUUUCUCAGGAGGAAGGCGACGCGCCUUGGCAGUGACAGGUUGCCCUUCUGUCUCGAUGACAUGCUCCGUUGUGUGCUUUACAUCGCACCUAGGACGGACGUUGGGGCGUGUCAACUCCGGAAAUUCGGCAAGGAGUUUGGAAAAUUUGGCAGACUGAUCGACAGUGCUGAGAGACGUUGCGACAAUGUUGACGUUUCUGACUGUACAGCCAGCUGACAGCAACGUGGACCCAUCGACAAGCCUACCGCGACGCAAGUCAGGCAGUAGGUUGAACUUCGCUAAAAAAUCUGCGCCAAUAAUCGGCUGAUCUACGUCAGCAACAACAAACGGCAGAACAAAGUCGCGUCGUAGGCCUAAGCUUAGGUGGCAUAGGCGAGUACCAUACGUAUUGAUUUUGGUACCAUUUGCUGCAUACAACGUGUAUGACGCCCUACAACGACGAUCAGUUGGCUUGGCCGGAAUGACAGACACAUCUGCGCCACUAUCUAUGAGAAAAGUCAGAUUUGUGCCACGAUCGUAAAUAAAUAAUCGCUUAGAUUUCAAUUCCAGCGCGCCACAAGCCGCUACCUGUACUUGCGGCGCUACUGGCAGUUUCCCGACACCUGCCAGGUGCAUGCCCUGCAACAACUUUUGGCACGUUCGCCCCACCGGUUGUGGUACCAGCAGAAACUAUGAUUAUACGGCACACGCUGCUGGUUUUUUGAAAUACUACGAGGGACAUACCUGUGACUAGAUGACUGGCUACUUGACUGCUCGGACAGUUGGUCGUUUGUCAGCUCAUUGACAGCUUUGGUAACAGCAGCAAGUUGGUCACGGAGUUCUUGGAGAGCAGCAUCAAAACUUUCACCAGAACAAGGUGCGUCUGCAACAGAACUUGAAUUCGCCAUCGUCAUCCGAAGAUCGCGGAAAAACGACUAAAAUUGCACAAAAAAUUGCUCCGAACGUGUACACACGCAAAAACAAUCAAAAAUAAUUUAAAUCACCUCAAAAAACGCGAAAAAACGCACUUACGGGGUCACCACUGUGAGGUCUAGGCCUCAACUCGAAAACGUCAAGCUACGACUUGAUUAAAUAAAUAGUCACCAUGACAGAUGGGUGUCAAUUGACAAACGUUUAUUAGGGGAACACAACAUAAGUACAAGAUAAUUGCGCGCGAGAGAUAUAAACGUAAUAAAGUAAUGAAUAAUUAGGUGAACUGCGUCUGUGGCUAGAGGUACUAUGCCUCCCACUACGUCACAGUUAGCUGCGCUCGCAGUUGCGCUUGGCAGCUUGGCAGACUGGCAGAUGGGUGCCAGUUGCCGCCACAAGUAUGUAUUUUUUUUUUCGAAUUUUGAUUUUGAAACAAGUCUUGAGCGGCAAUUAUUUUUUUUUAUCAUUGCAGAAAACUUUCCUUUCCAGUGUUCUCCUAUGGAAAUCCCCUGCAAUAAUUCAGCUGAAUGUAUCCCAUCAUCAGGCAGAUGCAAUAAAUACACCGCAUGUCUGGAUGAAAGUGAUGAAGAAGACUGCCCGAAGCCAGAUCGAUGUCAAGUGGAAGAUAAAUUUUUUUGUCCCAAUUCUGGUGGAGUAUUAGUUUGUACCAGUGUGAAAUGCGACGGAAAAAAGGAUUGCCCCGGUGGCGAAGACGAACCACCAACUUGCGGCCAAGACAUGAUAAUAAAGAUAUUGGUCACCGCGGUAGGAAUGAUAUUAAUAAUUGCAGCAAUAUGUGGUGUAUUUUUGUCCUGCAAAUACAAAAAAGAAAUGAGACAGAAAGAUACCAAAAUCGCAGAAAUGAGCCAGUUGGUGAAAAGAAUUGUAGUAAAGAAAGGAUUCAACAUCGACGAAGAUUUUCCCGAUGCUUUGAAUAUGCCUGUCGUUAUAAUUGAACGUUUGAAAUCUGGUAAAGUGAAAAAUGGCAUGGUUUCGGUAGGCGAAUACGAAAUGUCAUUGGACGAACGUUGGGAAUAUCCUCGACAAAAUUUACACUUGGGAGAAACUUUGGGCGAAGGUGAAUUCGGCCAAGUAGUGCGAGCCGAGGCGAGGAAUAUUUGGGGACAUGGAAGUGGAACUGUAACAGUGGCAGUGAAAAUGCUCAAGGAUGAUCACUUGGAUUCAGACAUGAUAGACUUGGUAUCUGAAAUGGAAUUGAUGAAAUUGCUUGGAAGUCACCAGAACAUCCUUCGACUUCUCGGCUGCUGCAGCCAAGGAGGACCAUUGCUUGUAAUUACAGAAUAUGCCCGAAAUGGAAACCUCAAGAAUUUUCUUCGAAAACAUCAUCAACAUUCCAUCGAAAUAGGGGAAAGUACUCUUUUGACUUAUGCUCACCAAAUUGCGCAGGGAAUGGUUUAUCUAUCUUCAAUAAAAUGUAUUCAUCGAGAUUUGGCGGCUCGUAAUAUCCUUGUAACAUCUGAAUACACGAUGAAAAUAGCCGAUUUCGGUCUCGCCAGAGAUGUGAGACAUACGGAAUACUACAAGAAGACAUCAAAGGGUCGACUGCCCAUAAAAUGGAUGGCACCCGAAGCUUUAUUUCAUAACAAAUACACAAUGCAAUCUGACGUCUGGUCUUAUGGCAUAUUACUUUGGGAGAUUAUAACGCUGGGCGGUAAUCCAUAUCCUUCAAUUGAUGAUCAAGCCGGGCUACAUCACGCUUUAAAGCAUAAUUAUCGAAUGGAGAAGCCCGCAAAUGCGUCUACUAAUGUAUACAAUUUGAUGAUGGAUUGCUGGAGUUUUGAGCCCGAGGAUCGUCCAAAUUUCUUGUCAAUAGUAGAACGCCUAAAAGAAUUAUUGGCUGAUACUAGACCUGAGGUAGUUGACGGGUCUUACCAUUCAGAAAAAUCUGAUGAAUCCGACUCACAAAGCGUUAUUUCCACAACGGAAUCCAGUAAAGAUGAAAAUGAAAGAAAACCUAUUUUAGAAUGAUCAAUUAAAAAUAUUGUCAUUUCAUUG